AAGAUGGGACGUUCUGAAUCUAAGCGCGAAAGGGACUACAGCCCAGUAGAUGGUUCAAAGAGACGUCGGAGAAGUGCAUCUCGUUCGCGUUCUCGUUCGAAUACUUACAGUGCAAGUCCAUCGCCAAAACGUGAAGUUGUUUCAUCGAGACGAAGAGAUGACGAUCGUCGUAGAAGCCGUUCUCGUGAUCGUUAUAGUCGAGACUAUGGACGUGACUAUGAUCGUGAUUAUGGUCGUGACCGUUAUGGUGGUGGUGGUGGCGGUUACCGACGAACUCAUCGUUAUGCUGAUGGACGAGACAAUCCCGAGCCUGGUCCGUGCCUUGGUGUUUUUGGGAUGAGUCUGGUUUGUAAAAUUUUGGCUAAAAUUUUUUUGAAAUAUUCUCUUCAAUUUCAGCAUACAAGUGAACGUGAUUUGCGUAAACUUUUUGGCGAAUACGGUGAGAUUGAGUCCGUUCAAAUUGUCUACGAUCGAUUCUCUGGACGUUCACGUGGUUUCGGAUUUGUUUACUUUACGAGCACUAAGGAUGCCACACGCGCAAAGGAUCAUUUAAUGGACACAGUCAUUGAUGGAAUGAAAGUCCGCGUUGAUUAUUCUGUCACUCGUGGAGGAGGACCUUAUCGUCACAAUCGUAAAAGUUCGCGAAGUCCUGUUCGCUAUAAUAGUCGCAGUCGCAGCCGUUCUUAA